GUUACGUGGGAAUUCACGCUAAGGGACAGACUAUUUAAGGUAAGGUUGCUCUGUGCAGUCAUGCAUGCAGUCAUGCCCACGAUGUGGCCGGGCCCAUUGGAUUAUUUGGAUUCCCUAUUUGGACUCGAUCCAUCGCCCGGCCCCCAACAACCGAUUGAACCGACCUUGCUCUCAGGGCCCUGCCCUGAAUUCCACCGCCCCGGCCACGAACCACCGCCGACUUGAUUAAACAACCGUUUAUUGGGCGAGGCCUUGACAACAAUGGGAUCCAACAUGGACGGCAUCACGGCUCAUUCUGACACACUGGGCGAGUUACCCGUGGCGGACCAUGACGGCAGCCCGUUGUCGUGGUUUCAACAGCGGCUUUGGGUCCACCAGGAGCGCAACCCAGACGACUUGAGCUACAACCUCCCCUUUAUGCUGCUUGUCCGAGGCGGCCUCAACGUCCUGGCACUCGAGCGGAGCGUGAACGCCAUCGCGGCCCGCCAUGAGAGCCUACGUACCUCCUACGGCGUAACGGGGGACGGGGAGCCGCUACAAUUCGUUGCACAGCCGGGAUACGUGCAUCUACCGGCCUUGCCUUUCCUCGAACACCGCUUCGACCUGCGCCGGGGGCCCAUCUUCAUCACGCGCCUGCUGCGGUUACCCGACGCCCAGCACCUGCUGCUCCUCAACGCCAUCCUCCGAUCUGAGCUGCAGAGCGCGUACGCGGCCUUCUGCCGGGCACAGGAACCCGAGCUACCGCGGUUGACGCGGGCUUCGGAUAUGUCCGGCGACCUCGAGUACUGGAGCGAAACUCUCAAGGGGUACGAGGACAGCCUCGAGCUACCGACGACCUACCCACGCCAGCGGAAAUCCGGCACUCGGGGCGGGGGCUUCAAGCUGGAGCGCCUCUCGCGCGAGAACGGCAGCACCAUGUUCAUCCGCUACGCCGACAAGGACGACCUGUGCAUCGGAACCACGACCUCCAACCGGCCGGAUGUCGCACUCGAGCCGCUAAUCGGCUUCUUCGUCAACAUCCUGCCUGUCGCCGAUCUCCUCAGGGCGGUACGCUCCCAGGUGCUGAACGCCUUCGAACACCCGGUGCCGUUCGAACGGAUCCUGCAGGCAACCAGCGUGGCGCACCGCGGCAGCGGGCAGCCGCUGGUGCCCAUCGUGAUGAGGCACCAGAACUUCCCCGAGGCGUCACUCGGCGCCGCACUGCCGGACAACGCCGACGAGGCGGUCCUCGAGAUCGAGCUGUCGUACGCCGGGGGUGCGGACGGGCUGGCCGUCGAGGUCGUGUACGCUGCCGACCUGUACGACCGCGCGGCUAUCGAGCGCCUGCUCGCUCACCACCAGAACGUGCUCGAAGGCAUGUUCCGCGACGCCGGCCAACGCGUGCUUGACCUGUCGCUACUACGCGACUCGGACGUUGCGGAGCUGCUGAAGAGAAGCAACUUUGCUCCGACGGUCGAGGUGCCGCCACUGUCCUUUGUGGACCGGUUCGACAAACAGGUGCAGCGGUCUCCGGAGGCAGUGGCGUGCUGGGAUGGGCACGGCUCCUGGAGCUACCUCGACUUGUCUAGGCGCGCGCAUAGCGUCGCACACGCCCUCGCGAUGCGGGGCACCACACCCGGUGAUCUUGUCGCGGUGUGCCUUCCCCGAGGUGGUGAGCUGCUCGCCACGCUGCUCGGCGUUUGGCGUGCGGGAGCCGCGUACGUGCCGCUCGACCCGGCGUACCCCGCGGCCUACUCCCGGCAGAUCAUUGACGACGCGGGCCCGAGCACUGUAAUUUGUGACGCGAAAAGCCAGAUGCUGCUCGAUGUCGACGACUCGCGGUGCCUGCGCGUCGAAGAGAUCACGGAUUCCCCAGGCGUGUAUCACGAGCAGGCUCUUCACCCGGAUGCGCUGGCAUAUCCCAAGGGUGUCCGCAGGAGCUUACCGUUCCAGCCUGGCGAGGUUGUAGUCAAGGAGAUGUUCUCGGGCUUGCUAAACGGCAUACCGCAGGUGACCAUCGACGACGGCACCGUUCGCGAUGUGCCGCUGUCAAAAGCCCAGGUCCUUGGCUUCCGCGACGCGUUCCCGGACGCGCGCCUGUUCAACAACUACGGCUGUACCGAGGUCAACGACGUCACCUACUACGAUACCGCGGCCUUCGACGGGGCGGCCGACUUCGUCCCGAUCGGGACGCCAAUCGCGAACACCAAGGUCUACGUGCUCGAUCGCCACGGCCGGCUGGUUCCUGACGGCGUUCCGGGAGAGCUGCACGUCGCAUCUGUGAUGGGGGACUACGAGGGCAUUACCGCCGGCGCCGUCGUGGCCCGAGGCGACCGGCUGGCCGCGUUCUACACCAGCGCGCCGGACCAGGCCGUGCAGAUGGCGGAGCUGCGCGCGUUUCUGCAAGAUAGGCUCCCUGAGUACAUGGUGCCGGACACGUUCGUCCUUCUCGACGCAAUGCCGCAGCUGCCCAACGGCAAGCUGAACCGCCGAGCACUGCUCGAAACCGAGGGCGAACCACAGCAGACCGGCGGCAAAUACGAGGCCCCCGCGAGCGCCACAGAGCGGACCCUUGCCGGCAUCUGGGGCGUUGUCGUCAACAUGCCCGCCGCGCGCAUCGGCCGCCAGACGCACUUCUUCGAGAUCGGCGGGCACUCGCUCUCGGCUAUGCGGGUGCUCGCGCGGAUCAAAGAUACGUUCCGCGUCGAGCUUGGGUUGUCAGAGCUCUUCAGCGCGCCUCGGCUGGAGUCCAUCGCCGCCGUGAUCGACAGCCGGAUCGGGCACCGGCCAUCAUCGUCCGGUGAGUUACCUUCCGCGACACGGGCCCCAAGACCGGCCCGGGGGUUCGGGCUGCUCCACGACAAGGUGGCGCUAGUCACGGGCGGCAGCCGCGGCAUCGGGCUCUCCACCGCACUGUUGCUCGCGGAGCAGGGCGCCAAGGUUGCCAUCAACUACCGCGACAGCAAGGCGCAAGCCCUGAGCGUCAAGGAAAUGAUCGAAGCCGACGGUGGAACGGCCGAGGUCUUCGGGGCAGACGUGACGCGCGCCGACGAGGUCGCGGCCAUGGUGGCGGCCGUCCAGGCGCAGUUCGGGCGCAUCGACGUGCUGGUGGUGAACGCGCACAUCCACUUCCGGCACCGGCCCUUCCUAGAAUACGAGUGGGCAGACCUCGAACAAAAGGUUAGCGACGAGCUCAAGGCAGUAUUCCACCCGUGCCGGGCGGUAGCCCCCGGGAUGGUUUCGCGCGGCAGCGGCAGCAUCAUCACGCUGUCGAGCACGCUGUCGAAGCGCAGCAACGGCGGGUUCCUGGCGCAGAGCACGGCCAAGGCGGCGGUCGACGCCCUCGUGCGCUCGCUCGCGGCCGAGCUGGGCCCGCACGGCGUCCGCGCCAACACGGUCGCGCCCGGCGUCACCCUCACCGACGCCGCCGUGCCCAUGGCGCCCCACGUCAAGGAGUCGGUCGCCGCCAUCUGCCCGAUGCGCCGCAACGGCCUGCCCGAGGACAUGGCUGGUGCCGUGUUGUUCUUGGCCAGUGAUCUGUCGCGGUUCAUGACGGGCACCUAUCUCCCUGUGGACGGGGGCUUUACGACGCUAUAG